AUGGCGCCUUAUAGGAGGAGUAAAAAACCGCCACCUGAAGGAUGGGAGUUAAUCGAACCAACAAUCGAAGAAUUGAACAGGAAGAUGCGUGAGGCAGAAACUGACCCUCAUGAGGGGAAGCGUAAAGUUGAGGCUGAGUGGCCAAUAUUUCGCAUCCAUCAUAAGAGGUCUCGGUUCAUAUAUGACUUGUAUUAUAAACGUAAAGCUAUUUCUAAAGAGCUGUAUGAAUUCUGCAUCAAAGAGAAGAUAGCCGAUGCAAAUCUAAUCGCCAAAUGGAAGAAACAAGGAUAUGAAAACUUGUGUUGUUUGAGGUGCAUCCAAUCUAGAGAUACAAAUUUUGGAACUAAUUGCGUAUGUCGAGUACCAAAAUCAAAGUUAGAAGAAGGUAAAGUUGUGGAGUGUCAAAGUUGCGGUUGUCGUGGUUGCUCUGGAUGA